AUGGCGGACGCCAUACACGCCGGAGCCGUGGCGUCGCCGUGGCAAGAGCCGGAAAAACGCCACGGCGAUAUGGCGACGAUAUGGCGUCGGUAUAACGACGCCUUAACAACUAUGCUGCAACCUUUCUUCAGAAUAUUGUCGCAGAAGGUAGCCAACAACUUAGCACUCGACCUGCCGGAGACACCUUUGUUGCAGAAGACCUCAAAGGCUUCUUUAAGUGCCUGUGGUCAUCAGCAACAAACACAUCCAAUGCCUCAAAUACAGCAACAAAGCAGUCCACACACUGAAGAUGAUAGCAAAAAAAAACCUACAGCUACAACUCAUACAGCUACAAAACUUCACAUGCAGGAAGGAGACAAAGCUCCCAACACCGACAGCUACAACUCAUACAACAAAAAAGACCACCAGACUACGAGGUGA